GGCUAGUCACGUGAUAACCCGGAAGGGAGAAACGUUGACAGUAACUGUGCUGCUGCUGCUGGCAGCCUGUCAGAUCAUCCGCUGCGUGGUGCAGCAGCUGUGACUGUGCGAGACAAGGAGAAAUCACAGAGCUGCAGGUGGGAAGAUAAUCCCGAUAUUUACAGAGGGAUUUCAGAGUUGCCUCUUCUGCGUUAGUAUCCUCGGGUGAGCGUACUCCACCGGCGGCUACACGGGUGGCAGCCUACAGCCGUGACCCAGAUAUUGACACUUUUAAUGCAUAAGACAUGCGAGCAGUGAGAGGCAUCUCAGCAGAGAUCCCCCGAGAUAAACCAGAGACAUCAGCAGAGACCUCCUGCAAUAAGGCUGAAAGACAUCUGCAGAGACCCCCUGCAGUAAACCUGAGAGACAUCAGCAGAGACAUUCUGUAAUAAACCGAGAGACAUCAGCAGAGACCUUCUGCAUCAAGGCUGAGAGACAUCAGCAGAGACCCCCUGCAAUAAGGCUUGGAGACAUCAGCAGAGACCCCCUGCAAUAAGGCUUGGAGACAUCAGCAGAGACCCCCUGCAAUAAGGCUUGGAGACAUCAGCAGAGACCCCCUGCAAUAAGGCUUGGAGACAUCAGCAGAGACCCCCUGCAAUAAGGCUUUGAGACAUAAGCAGAGACCCCCUAAAAUAAAGCCUGAGAGACAUCAGCAGAGACCUCCUGCAAUAAUACAGGGAGACAUCAGCAGAGACUCCCUGCAAGCAUUACAAGUGGCAGGAUUGACAGUGACCUGCAGAAAUACACCUAGCAAGCAGUGAGGGUGGGGUGAUCCCAUAAACUAGGCAACAUGUCAACAUGAGGUGAAAGCCUAACAGUCCUUGUGCUUCUGGCUGUGUAGCAGAGAGGACUGAGUCCUUCCUUUCUGCCAUGCACGAUGCAGUAUUUUCUGUAUGUACUCCUUGGCUCGGUGCUGUCCAUCGCAUCUCCACAGCCAGCAUCUGAUUCCCAUCACCUGCGUCCCAGCCCAGGCCAGCCUUUGAACUCCUCUCACAACUCAGUCACACCUGUCUCUCCCACCUCCAGAUCCAUAUCACCCUCUCCCACCACCACAUCACCACCGGGAUUUCUGCAGAUUGGGGACGGCUGCUGCUUACAGUUUGACUUUCCAGAACAUAAGGAGGGUGUUAUAGUAGUGAGUGUUGGAGCUGCCUCUCGCACUUCAGAACUUAGUGUCUCUUCCCUGGACACAUCGGUGUUGAAGGUCCUCAACGUGAGCCGUCGGGCUGGGGGUUUGCCAGAUAAGUUCUUUGCACAUAUCUUGUCUGGGAUGCCUGGCACUGCCCCCCUUCAUUUGAGACUGAAGCUUCUAGGAUCUAUAAUCGAAGAACGUGGUGAUUUUUCUAUCCAUGUCGUUCCCAACACCGACGCUCCAGAAUUGUCAGGAUUUGCUGCGAGUCAUUUCUCUGAAAGCCCCCUCCUCUAUGGAUUGCUGCCCAUCCUCUUCAUUAACAAAUGUGCCUUUGGAUGUAAGGUGGACCUCGAGGUGCUGAAGACCCUGAUAAAGCGUCCUUACCCUCUUCUACUUGGCAUUGUGGGACAGUUUGUAUUGAUGCCUAUUUAUGCAUACUUUCUCUCCUUGCUUCUAGGACUCUCCCAGCCAUUAGCAUUGGGGUUGGUGGUCACCUGCUCCUCUCCAGGCGGCGGCGGUGGAUAUUUGUACAGUCUCUUGUUGGGUGGAGAUGUAACUAUAGCCAUAUCCAUGACCUUGGUUUCCACGGUGGCCGCUGUGGGCCUGAUGCCUCUCUCGUCCUCUCUCUACGGGCGUUUUCUUGGUGUGCACCAUACGCUCCACAUUCCUUUUUUAAAAAUCUUUGCCACUUUGCUGUUUAUAGCGGUGCCAAUUUCUACAGGGAUGUUGAUAAAAUGGCGCGUUCCUCAGUUAUCCCGGAUCCUACUCCUUGUAAUAAAGCCUUUCAGUGUUGUACUGAUGGUGGGAGGACUGUUCAUGGCCUAUCAGAUGGGCUCAUCCCUGCUGAGCCAAGUGCCCUCUAUACUGGUGGUAGCUGGGAUCAGUGUACCACUAGUGGGUCUUCUGACUGGAUACGCACUUGCACUCUGCUUGCGUCUACCCAUUCCCCAACGUCGGACGGUCAGCAUUGAAGUUGGGGUACAGAAUAGCCUUUUGGCCUUGGCAGUUCUACAACUCUCAUUCCAACGCGCUGAAGCGGACCUUUCUUCUCAGGCACCGUUCCUAGUGGCGCUGAGUGGGACCUCCGAGAUGUUGCUACUGGUCCUGUUACACCUUGCCUACCGAAAACUGAAAGGCAGUAACUGAGAUAUUGGCUGUGUUAUACCAGCUGGCUUUACAACAAAUGGUUUACAUGCUGCAAGCUUGUAUUUUUUUAUUCCUGUAUCCCUGUGGAGUUCUUUUUCAACUUUCCCCUUUUCUUCUGAAAUUUCAAGCGGUGGAGCGUCCAACUUUUUCUAGACAUUCCUUUAAACCACAAAAAAAGUCUUAAUGAUAUUCAGUGACCUCAGGCAGAGAUGUUUACAGUACGUUCACUGAGUAAGAAAAUCUGAUAGAUCCCUCUAAUGUCUCCUUUUAAAUGGGGUUGGGUGAUAUUCCCGCGGUCACAAUACCUGAAGCGGAAUCUCGAUGGUCAAAAUCCCAAUGAAUUUUGGUGAGUAUUCUAAUCCAUCCCUCCCGCAGCUUAACCCUAACCGUCCCCUCCUGCAUCCUAACCCUAAUACUCACCGAUUCCGCAGCCAGUAUUGUGACCGUGGGAUCCUUACUACAUCCCUUUAUAUGUGCCUAUGGCUCUACAUAAUUGAAGCUAUCCACCCUCCAAUGUUUUUUUUUAAUGCUACUCCUCUAUACUUGUCCUCAAAAGCCAAAGGUCUGUGUUCAACGUAUUUUAUGCACUGAGGGGGAGAAAUGGCUAUUUUGAUACAGUUACUUUGUAAUGUAUGCAGGGUAUUGUUCUAACUUUUUUUUUUUUUUUUUUCCUGGUACAAAUUAAACAAGUAAAACCA